AUGCGUCUUCAGGUCGCUGCCGCGUUCUGCGCGACUGCGCUCCUUGCUGGUACCACCCUAGCUCAGGAAGACGACGUGCCAGCCCCAGAGCCCGUAGAGGUUCCUGAGCCAUCGUCAAGCGCUGUCAGCAAGCCAGCAUUCAAGCCUGUCAGCAUCAAAGCCCCUUUCCUCGAACAGUUCACCGAUGACUGGGAGACUCGAUGGAAGAUCUCUCACGCCAAGAAGGAGGACUCAAAGAGCGAGGAAGACUGGGCCUACGUGGGCGAGUGGUCUGUCGAGGAGCCUUCAGUCUUCCCUGGCAUCGAGGGCGACAAGGGUCUUGUGCUCAAGAACCCCGCCGCUCACCACGCCAUCUCGGCCAAGUUCCCAUCCAAGAUCGAUAACAAGGGCAAGACUCUCGUCGUUCAGUAUGAAGUCAAGCUCCAGAAGGGCCUUGAGUGCGGUGGUGCUUACAUGAAGUUACUCCGCGACAACAAGGCUCUUCAUCAGGAGGAGUUUGCCAACACAUCUCCCUACGUGAUCAUGUUCGGUCCCGACAAGUGCGGUGCCACUAACAAGGUCCACUUCAUUUUCAACCACAAGAACCCCAAGACUGGCGAGUACGAGGAGAAGCACUUCAAGAGCGCCCCCUCGGCCAAGAUUUCCAAGCUCACCACCCUCUACACCCUCAUCGUUCGUCCCGACAACACCUUCGAGAUGUUGAUCGACAACAAGUCCUCCAAGAACGGGUCCCUCCUCGAAGACUUCUCUCCUGCUGUCAACCCGCCGGCCGAAAUUUCCGACCCUGAUGACAAGAAGCCAGAAGACUGGGUUGAUGAGGCCCGCAUUGCUGAUCCCGAGGCCACAAAGCCAGAGGACUGGGAUGAGGAUGCUCCAUUCGAGAUCGUCGAUGACGAAGCCGAGAAGCCUGCCGACUGGCUUGACGACGAGCCACUCACGAUUCCUGACCCCGAAGCCGAAAAGCCAGAAGAUUGGGAUGACGACGAGGACGGAGACUGGGUUCCUCCUCAGGUCCCCAAUCCCAAGUGCGAGGAAGCUUCUGGUUGCGGUCCUUGGGAAGCACCCAUGAAGAAGAACCCAGCAUACAAGGGCAAGUGGACCGCGCCAUUCAUCGACAACCCGCUUUACAAGGGUAUCUGGGAGCCACGCAAGAUCAAGAACCCUGCCUUCUUCGAGGACAAGUCUCCUGCCAAUUUCGAGCCCAUGGGUGCCAUUGGUUUCGAGAUCUGGACUAUGCAGUCUGACAUUCUCUUCGACAACAUCUACAUCGGUCACUCCGAAGAAGACGCUGCUGCACUCCGUGCCGCCUCGUACGACAUCAAGCGACCCAUUGAGGAAGAGGAAGAGUCCAAGAGCAAGCCCAAGCCAUCUGAUAUCCCCAAGUCUCCCAACGAUCUCUCAUUCAAGGAUGAUCCAGUCCACUACAUCCGGGAAAAGCUCGAUCUGUUCAUCACCCUGGCCAAGCGCGAUCCCGUCGAAGCUGUCCGCUUCAUGCCCGAGGUGGCUGGCGGCAUUGGUGGUGCCAUCGCCUUGGUCAUUGCUGUUGUCGUCGGUCUCGCUGGUCUGGGUGGCUCCGCUGCUCCCAGCAAGGAGGAUAUCAAGAAGACAGCUCAGAAGGCCAAGGAGGCUGCGGCUGAGGCUGCGGCUGUUGCCCAGGACAAGGCCGUCGAGGCUAAGGAUAAAGUCGUCGAGGCUGUGAGCUCUGGUGCUGAGAAGACCAAGGCUGAAGCCAACCGACGCACAACUCGAAGCUCUGCGGAGUAG